UUAAUAACAUGCAACAUAGAUCAAGAUUUGGUAGUCCUUCCUGGAUUUCUUGGUGCGUUGUCUCCACGCCUGGAUUCCCUCAGGGACUCUUCGACUUUGACUUGCGGUCAGGCCUUUAAAGAUUCUACCUCUAGGUCUUUGUCUUCGUUUCAUGACCUGGCUUCUUCGCUGGGGUUAUCACUUCCGGCUCCCUCUUUAAGGCCUCUGCCUUGCGGUCUUUCUGGUAUAGAUGGCUCUGUACCUAUCUCAAUGAGUAUCACCUGGGACAGAUACGAGCAUAAUUUAAAAGUUCCAGAAGAUGUUGGAUCAGCAAUUAUUGAAGAAAAAGUGGUCGCUGAGAAAGACGUUAUUGUGCUCAUUAAUUCCCCAAUCCUGAAAGGAUUCAAGCCCUUAUCUAACAAUCAUAGUGCCGAUGUAGGUGACUCAUUUUAUUGGUGA